UCGAGCCCGGGCGAAAGGUAACAAAACAAGCGGCGUCUUUUGUAUUGGCUUAAAGGAGCCGCGGUCGGUCGGUCGGUCGGAGCCCCUCGGAGGAGAGCAAAGUAGCAAAAGAAAGGGGGCAAAGAACGGCGGCGCCAAGUGAGGGGCGAAGAAUCCGGGACCGGGCGCUGCCCCGAGGGGAAAACCUCUCGGCGGGGAAAGAGAAUUAGCUAAGAGGAAGAGAACCGGCCGAGAUCCGCGCAGGUUGGAAAAAAACCCCAGGAAGAGAAGCGGGGCAGGACGACGACCCGGUGGUUACGAUGGGAACCUCGUUGGAGGCGCCGGUGGAAGAGGCUGCGGGCAUGAACCGCGCAUAGUCGCUUCGGUGAUGGCUUGAGCGAAGCGGCUGGAAAGUUGCCGGAGAGCUUUUUGCUCUAUGCCCGGCCGGUCGGGAUCCUUUGCCCGGAGCAGCCCCGCGGUGGACGUCGGCUCGAUCCUUUCCCCCCACCGGCCCCUCUCCCGGUGUAAAUCCCCCUUCCCUUCCUUUUGCGCGCAACUUGGCGACCCGAUCGCCAUGUCGAAAGUGAUCCAGAAGAAAAACCACUGGACGGCCAAAGUGCACCAAGCCACGGUGAGCCGCAAUGCUCAGGGCCAGCUCGGGGUCACCGUCCUCGGGGGAGCGGAGUACGGAGAGUUUCCUUACGUCGGGGCGGCCGAGGUCGAAGGGGAGGCGGCGCUGUCCGGAGACAACGGCGAGAGCAAACUUGGCGAAGGGGAGCUACUCUUGGAGGUGCAGGGUGUCCGGGUAUCCGGGUUGCCCCUAUACGACGUGCUGGAAGUUAUCCGGAGCUGCAAGGAGCCCAUUGUUUUCAAAGCCGUCAGACAAGGAAGUCGUCUGAACAAAGACCUGAGACAUUUUCUCAACCAGAGAUUUCAGAAAGGAUCUCCAGAUCAUGAGCUUCAGCAAACUAUUAGAGAUAACCUUUAUCGCCAUGCUGUGCCUUGCACCACACGUCCUCCAAGAGAAGGAGAAGUGCCUGGUGUGGACUAUAACUUUCUAAGCGUACAAGAGUUUCUUGAACUCGAGAAAAGCGGAACUCUUCUUGAAGUAGGAACCUAUGAAGGUAACUAUUAUGGAACACCCAAACCUCCCAGCCAAUCCCUCAGUGGGAAAGUGAAUAAUGCUGAUGCUUUGCAAAAUCUCCCCUCAAGUUCCAAGCAGACAACUCCCAAACGAACCAAGUCCUACAAUGAUAUGCAAAAUGCUGGUUUAGUACAUGCAGAGAAUGAAGAGGAUGACACCCCUGAAAUGAACAGUAGCUUUACAGCAGAAUCCGGUGAACAAGACGAGCACAAUAUACACAGUAUAAGAGAUGCAGCUCUCCCAUCUCUGAAUAGUAGCAUCACCACUGCUUCCACCACGGAACCAUCUGAGAAGCUCCCUCAAUACCUACCUCCUUGUGCAGAGGAACACUUGGGUCCUCUGCCUGAAAACUGGGAGAUGGCUUAUACAGAGAAUGGAGAAGUCUACUUUAUAGAUCAUAAUACUAAAACAACGUCUUGGCUAGACCCAAGGUGCCUGAACAAACAGCAAAAGCCUCUAGAAGAAUGUGAAGAUGAUGAAGGGGUACACACGGAAGAACUGGACAGUGAACUAGAACUACCUGCUGGUUGGGAAAAGAUUGAAGAUCCUGUAUAUGGUGUCUACUAUGUAGACCACAUCAACAGGAAAACACAAUAUGAGAAUCCAGUUCUGGAAGCAAAAAGGAAAAAGCAGCUUGAACAGCAGCCCCCGCCAGCACAGCCUCCACCGCAACCAUCUGAAGAAUGGGCUGAAGAGAAUCCUCCCCUUGCUCCUCCUCCUGUUCCAAACCAUAUUCCCAGUAACCAGGAGGCAGUUAGAGAUGUUCCAGUACAAGGGAAACCAUUUUUCACCCGGAACCCAUCUGAACUGAAAGGGAAGUUCAUUCACACCAAACUGAGGAAAAGCAGCAGAGGCUUUGGUUUCACUGUGGUCGGCGGAGACGAACCAGAUGAAUUUCUCCAGAUAAAGAGUUUGGUGCUUGAUGGGCCUGCAGCACUGGAUGGCAAAAUGGAAACAGGAGAUGUUAUUGUCAGCGUGAAUGACACAUGUGUCCUGGGCCACACCCAUGCUCAAGUGGUCAAAAUCUUCCAGUCAAUUCCUAUCGGUGCCAGCGUGGACCUGGAACUGUGCCGAGGCUAUCCUCUGCCUUUUGACCCAGAUGAUCCCAACACAAGCCUGGUGACAUCUGUGGCCAUUUUGGAUAAAGAACCGAUCAUUGUAAAUGGGCAAGAAAGCUAUGACUCUCCGGCAAGCCAUGGUAGCAAAACAGGGAAAGUCAACGGGAUGAAAGAGCAGAGACCUAGCAGUCCCGCUGAGGUUUCUUCCAAUGGAUCCCACGGCUACCCCAAUGACACAGUCUCCUUGGCUUCUUCUAUAGCAACGCAACCUGAACUCAUAACUGUACAUAUAAUUAAAGGGCCAAUGGGCUUUGGCUUCACUAUAGCAGACAGUCCUGGGGGUGGGGGACAGAGAGUGAAGCAAAUUGUCGACAGUCCAAGGUGCCGAGGUCUAAAAGAAGGGGACCUUAUAGUUGAAGUCAACAAGAAGAAUGUGCAGAAUCUAACUCACAACCAAGUUGUGGAUAUGCUGAUUGAAUGUCCUAAAGGAAGUGAGGUGACACUGCUGGUACAGCGAGGAGGAUUGCCAGCCCCCAAGAAGAGCCCAAAGUCGCAACCUCUUGAACGGAAAGACAGCCAAAAUAGCUCCCAGCACAGCGUCUCCAGCCACCACAGCACCCACACGGCUUCACCGAUUCACAGCACUCAGGUGCUUCCUGAAUACCCUGUUCCUGAAACACCAGCAACAGACCAGCCGGACAACACAGGGCAGAAGAAGCCAGAUCCAUUCAAAAUCUGGGCCCAGUCCAGGAGCAUGUAUGAAAGCCGACUUCCAGAUUAUCAAGAACAGGAUAUAUUUCUCUGGAGGAAAGAAACUGGUUUUGGGUUUAGAAUUCUUGGUGGAAAUGAGCCUGGGGAACCAAUUUACAUUGGUCAUAUUGUGCCAUUGGGUGCUGCAGAUGCUGAUGGUCGCCUGAGAUCUGGAGAUGAAUUGAUCUGCGUGGAUGGAACACCAGUAGUUGGAAAAUCACACCAGCUUGUAGUCCAACUUAUGCAACAAGCUGCAAAGCAAGGCCAUGUCAAUUUAACUAUCAGACGCAAAGUGGUAUUCACAGUCCCCAAAGCAGAGAAUGAGGUUCCCUCUCCAGCUUCUUCUCAUCACAGCAGCAACCAACCAACUUCUUUGACCGAGGAGAAACGCACUCCGCAGGGGAGUCAAAACUCACUCAACACUGUCAGUUCAGGCAGUGGCAGCACCAGUGGAAUUGGUAGUGGUGGGGGAGGAGGCAGUGGCGUCGUCAGCACUGUGGUCCAGCCCUAUGAUGUAGAAAUACGGCGUGGAGAGAAUGAAGGUUUUGGAUUUGUCAUUGUGUCUUCAGUUAGUCGUCCGGAAGCUGGAACAACUUUCGGCAAUGCAUGUGUGGCCAUGCCUCACAAAAUAGGUCGGAUUAUUGAGGGGAGCCCAGCAGACCGGUGCGGGAAGCUGAAAGUCGGGGACCGGAUAUUGGCCGUUAAUGGAUGUUCCAUCACCAACAAAUCACAUUCGGACAUCGUCAACCUAAUUAAAGAAGCAGGAAAUAUGGUUACUCUGCGCAUAAUUCCAGGGGAUGAAACUUUCCAAAAUGCUACAUUCCCACUUCAAAAUCUUAACGCUGGGCUCAUGUUCAAUUCUGCACUUUGGCAAACAGCUCAUUCCACAUUCUUCUAUGUGAUUUUCCUGCCCGCAUUUUACUUUAAUCAUAAGAGUAUUUUAUUUUCACAGAUUGGGGAUGAAAUCCUGGAGAUUAAUGGAGAAACCACAAAGAACAUGAAGCACGCUCGAGCCAUAGAACUAAUUAAAAACGGUGGCCGCAAAGUUCGCCUGUUUCUCAAACGUGGAGAUGGCUCUGUACCGGAAUAUGACCCCAGCAGUGACAGGAGCAGCCCAGCCACAGGUUCACAAAAAGUUUUGGAAGUGAAAAAUAUGCAGUACGACAGACAACACUUACCCUUGGAGCCCAGUUAUCCACCAGAUCUUCACAAAUCACCCCAACAUGGAGAAAAGCGGAUAUAUUUUAAGGACCCCCAAAGCAGCAGAGAGCUCGGCAGACAAUCAAAUGAGCAUCACACAUGGAAUGGAACUUCUAAAAACAGCAAUAGCAUCCCAAUCCGAAAAAAGGAUAGGUCACCCGAAAAAAGGCACGAGCGUCCACCAGAGAGAGUGGCCAUCAAUGGACCAAAACGAAGACCUCCUGAAAAGAGGAGAGAAGGUACAAGAAGUGCUGAAAAUACUCUGGAGAGAAGAGACAGGUAUGAGAGGAGAAGAGAUUUUUCUCCAGAGAAACGAAGAGAACGAUCACCAGCUCACCGACGGGAAAACUCACCCAGCAGAAGAAGACGGUCACUCGAAAGACUUAUGGAUCAGAGGAGAUCACCAGAUAGGAAGAAGGAGAGCUCACCUCCGGAAAGGAGAGCGAAAUCAACGGACAGGAGGAGAGAGCGAACCCCUGAACGAAGAAGGGAGAGGUCUCCCGAUAAACGAAACAAGAAUGGCAGAGUCAGCUUUUGGGAGAAGGAAGAAGGCACCCUGAGAUAUGACACAAACAAAAGUAACAGGCACCCUACGGAACAAAGACGGAGACCCUAUAAAGAGUGCAGCACUGACCUCAGUAUCUAGUGGCUUUUGAAGCCCUACCUACAAUACUUUUGCAGCCUUUCCAGCUUUCAGAGUUCCUAGGAAGGAAGGUAGCAAACCUCAAAUGCCUCUCGCAGCCACCAUACAAUUAAAAUCUUAUCGUCACAACGGAUUCACGUGUUUUGCACAUGGUGUGGACAAUAUUAAAGUAUAUGCAUUUCAAAUCAUAUUUGCCAAAUGUUCAUCCCAAAGUGUGAUGAAAAGUUGUGUUCCUUCCUAACACACCGUUGUGAACAUUAGAUUCAUUGUACUUUUCUGUGGCUUAGUUGUUCCAUUCUUGGUUUUAUGGUGGGCAAGCCAACAGUAGUUAAACAUUUGUGAUCAACCACACUGUUUUUGUUGAUUACUUCAUUGCAAACAUGAAUUUAUGAUUGUCUAAAGAAUGGGUUGGAGGAUUGAUCAGUAAAACUUUGAACUACUGUGGAGGGAUUUUUUCCCUUUACCAAUAACAAACAUAGUUCUCAAACUAAGAUAGCUAUUUGAAGAGACUACUGCUGGGAUGAAGGAUAUUUAUACAGAUCUACACAGCACAAGUGGUUAAGGAAUGUAUAGUGUGUUCCAUUGAACAAUAAGUACUUUUGGGUCUCCUUUAAAAGGAAAUAAGGUGGCCAAGGAUUGGUAGUCAUCAUGCAUGGCAUCAUGCGUAGGAUAAACCAUCAUGUUUGUUCAAUAAUUGUGACCAUUAAUGAAAUUUCACAAAGGCAGCGCCACUGUUUGUUCUUGUUCAACCAGUAAAACCAUUCAGAUGAAAUUGGAGCCUGAAUAGUAUCGCUUGUUUGCCUUGAAAGGGAAGCUGACAUGACUUUGAUUCCUUAUUCAAGAAGCCUUUUAAGGAACAAAUGUUUCUUUCAUAGGCUGAGUUUAAAUGCUUUCAGGCCAGUUUAAGUACUCUUGUUGCCAAAUGGAACUGUUUCUUUGGGUUUCUAAGUUUUUUUUUUAAUUAUUAUUAUUUUACCUUUUUUCCUUUCCACUUUCUGGUGCACUCUUACUUGAGACAAAAGGAAAUAUGUUUGCAAAAUUGUCAAAAAAAAAAAGUUAAAAAUUGUGGUAUGGAGUUCUUGAGGGAAAGCUGUGGUUUGAGCUCUGUCACGAGUGGAAUAAACCUAUUCAGGAUUCUUUUCUGUUGGGUGUUUUCAUGCAGCAAGUUUGUUCGGUAAAUAUACUGUAGUACCAAUAGCAGAAUUAAUGGAUUACUGCCUAGCUGAGCCAAAAAAAAGAAAAAUUGCCGUUACUGUUGGACCACUUUUUAAAACUGCUGCUUUUUAUUUUACAGUGCAUUGAUGUGUACAUGUAAUACUGUUUCACUGGGUUUUUUCCCCUCCAUAUGCUCAUGCACAGGCACAUAUACAUAAAGAAAAUAAGAUUGCAAGUCUAUCACUGUUAUUGCCCUGGUACUGUAAAGAAAAAGGAAAGACAAAGUUGGCUUAUCAUUGUGUAUACAGACUUUAAAUUGUAAUUAACAGAGCCUGUUGAAAACAAACAAAACGAAACUGUUGCCUUUUUGCUUGUAUAAAAGAGACUUUAUGAGAAUUUAGUUGUGAGGAAUGUGCUACGUGUUUAUAUUUCUGGGGGGGAAAUGGAACAAAUUGAUUCACGGGGAUAUAUUUUAAUGUAAACUGAAUCAGGUAUGUAAAGCUGUUUUAACAGAAGACAAUAUAAGUAACUUGGAAGAUUUUUGUUGAUUGGGAUAUCAUAUCAUGUUUCCACCCUUUUGUGGGGUGGAAAAUGACUCUUGGAGGCCUCGGGAUGAGGUUUCUGUUCUUCAAUUAUCAUUUCUUACCAUGUGGUCUAGUUAUAGUGCUGUUUUUCUGUGUUGACGAGAAGCAUACAUGGGCCAAUCUUUUUUAUAAAACCCUAUGCAUAUAUAAAUACGGCAUUGUUCAUAGCUUUAUUUGAAAGAUUGGGUUUAUACAUGACAAUAGUCUAAGUAGAUGUGGACUUUACUCAAUAUAAGAUUCUUUCCUUGGGACAAAAUACAAUGUAUAUGAUGUAGCUACAAUGAAGGAAAGAGUCUCUGAAUGCUAUUUUUAUUAUCAAAUAAAGAUUUCCAUACAAAGCA